UCAGCGUGGCUGAAGUCCUAGCUCAGAUGGGCUCUCUCUGGACCCUUGCUCUACUUUUCUUCUGCUGCUGGGAAGCUGGGGCCCCUGAGAGCUCUGCAGGCCCCAGCACCCAUGGACCAAGCCCUUUGGUGACAAUGAACCACACAGAGGUGCCAACUGUGACUCUGGGGGUCAACACAAGCUUAGAGGGAGCCUCCAAGACUACUGACCUUGCUGAGACCUCUGUGCCAAGUCACAUCCCUUUGGAAACUCAAACCCUGGGCACCCAGUCCUUUGAUAGGACCUUAAUCCCAGCCAGCACCAUCUCAGAAGCAGAGACCAGGAUAACCAAAACCCUAUUUCCUGCAACAGAGACCAGGGCCCUCACAAAAAUAACCCUUUCCAAGGUCACAGUUGCGAUCACCACUUCUGUGGAGACGUCAGCCACAAGUGACAGCCCCUCGGGAACUGGAAUGACCACAGUUAAGGCUGUUACAGGGAGUGAUAUCUCAGAAGCCAUCUUUGACACCCUUUGUACUGAUGACAGCUCUGAAGAGGCAAAGAUGAUCACAACCAACACCUUGACGUUGGCUCGCAUGUCUGCAGAAGCCAGGGCUCUGGCCUUGGGGAGCAGCUCAGUUCCAGCCAGCAUCACCUCACAAGCCCUGGCAUCUGACGUCACUGUUCCACCUAAAGCCUUGGUUGCCUACACAGUCACCGACAAUGAGGUUAUCAACUACAGUAUUAUAGAAAUAGAAACCACUGCCAUCAUCCCUGGGACCCCAGACGUGGAUCACAGCCUCACAGGAAGAAAGACCCUGUCCACCCCUGAGACAUCAGCUUUGCCCAACUUCACUGGAGCAAAACCACACCUCACUAGGACCACAACCUCUUCUGAGAUCUUGUCGACAGCCAGCACCUCAGAAUCAGUCACACCUGAUACCACAGUUGAGACCUCAUAUGCCGCCAGUAGCUUCACAGGAGAAACAACAGCAGCCAAGGCCACCACCCCCAGAGGAACUUUGGUGACAGUAAGCAUGAAUCCCUUGGAAGAAACCUCAUCUCCCUCUGUUGAGGCAACAGUCCACACAGAGGUCUUGGGAACAGCUAUAAUCUCCACAGAAGCUGGGUCAACACUGGGCAAAGCAGCUUCCUCUGCUGGGACCUCAGCUAUGGUCUACAGCCUCUCGGAAGUAGCCACCAUCAAGAAAUCCACCCGCUCGGAGACACCUACCACAGACAGCACGACCAGCGGGCCUGUUCCCGUCAGCGGGACCUCUCUGCCUUCUGCCCAUCUGACUACAGCCAACAGCAGCCAAGGAACAGACGUCACCGUAGCUAAGACCACAGCCUCAGCAAAAGCAGCCAGCACAGCCAGCACUUCCCCAAGCCCCACAUGUACCACUGCUCAGACGAGGUGGGCCACAGACGUUACUACAGGUGGGGAUGAAGGCUUCUUUCUCCUGAGGCUGAGUGUGGCCUCCCCAGAAGACCUCACUGACCCCAGAGUGGCAGAGAGGUUGGUGGACAAGCUCCGCCACGAACUGCACGUCCACAUGCCUCCCAUCCAAGUCUCCCUGCUGCGUGUCAGGAGGGACUGAAGAACAUCAGCUGCAGCCAAGCAUGGCCAUGUGCCAAGAGGGUGCAGUACUGCCUAUGGCCUGGGACCACUGCAGACUGGAGCCCAUUGCUGUGCCAAGAUGUACUUGGAAGGUUCCCACGGGAGUCAGCUGGCCUAACCCCUUACCCCAGACACGGCUGUGGG